CCCUUCCCGGCUGCCGCACCGAGUAGGCUGGCUGGCGGCGCGCUCAGUGCAAGCCCGCGAUGGUGCUCAUUGCUGCGACCGUGUUCAAUAUUCAAUCAUAGUGUGACAAAACAGUGUUGCUCUAGAAAACAGUAUUAAUAUACUUGCUUUUGAAAAUAACCAAAGAAAAAAAAAGUAUCGGCGAGUCAGAGGGCUGUGUGUGGUGUGUGGGGGCAGCUGUGUCUGUGCUGACGCCCUGCUGUGGGAAGAGGCGGCGCUGACCCAGCCACCGCCAGCUGACCCACCAGGACCUGUUGCCACUCAGCGUAGCCACCGGUAUGCUUCCUAAUUAGGGAGCGCCGAAAGACAAAUCAGUGUGAGGUCUGUAGAGUCGCCCAGGUUGGAAUCCCUUUACGAUCAACUUUACUAGAAGUGAUAACUCGUCGACUCCGGGGAGAUGGCGGCCAACGUGCUGAUGCCGUUGCUGAUUCCCCUUGGCGAGCAGCUAACUAACGUGACCAAGCUGGUGGGCAGCGACCCGGUGGAGUUCGAGCAGCCGGAGUAUGAGGUAACGAUUCCUGAGAACACCCGCGCUGACCACCUGCUGCGGCUGUCUGCCAGGGUGCGGGCCUCAGCGGUGCCAGUGGUCUACAGGAUAACUGAGGGUAACGCAGCCUCACACUUCUGGAUUCACCCCUCCACUGGAAUCCUUUCCCUCGUGUCGCCACUCGACUUUGAGAAGAAGAAAAAGUACGAGCUGGUGGUGGAGGCGCAGGCGGGCGAGGAGAGCAGCGAGGCACGAGUGAUUGUACGGGUGGAGGACCAGAACGACCACGCCCCUGUGUUCCCUACGUCCUUACACGAGACUCAGAUUACAGAGGAGGACGACAGACAUCUUCCUAAAACAAUCUUGACGCAAGUGACGGCGACAGACGCAGAUGCGGGGGAAUUUGGUCGCCUCACCUACAGACUGUCAGGUGACGGUGUGGAGGGCAGCGAGGAGGAGUCUGCCUUUGCUAUCGAUCCCUUGACAGGAGCCAUACGUCUACUGAGACCCCUGGACCGCGACCCUCCCCACGGGCGGGCACAGUGGAGCCUGCGGGUGACUGCCACAGACGGGGAGCUUGAGGCACACACCGACGUCCGUGUUAAUGUGAAGGACGUGAACGAUAACGCGCCCUUCUUUCCCUCCCGCACCACCACCGCCGCAGUCUCCGAGGACACUCCUAAAGGCACCGUGGUGGCGCGUAUGGUGGCCACCGACCCUGACGACCCUCGGGAAGGCAACAACGCGCGCCUUGUGUACUCGCUGGAGAAGAAUGUUAUCGACGAGUCCAGCGGCAGCCCUAUAUUCGCAAUCGACAGCGAGCUGGGCGUCAUCACCACGGCGCUGUGCUGCCUCGACCGGGAGAAGACCCAGCGCUACGUCAUCCAGGUGGUGGCGACCGACGGCGGCGGCCUCAAGGGCACGGGAACGGUGGUGGUGGACGUGGACGACGUGAACGACGUGCCUCCGAGGUUCUCGCGGCCCGAGUGGACGCUGGACGUGUCUGAGAGCCUCGAUCCUGACAACGUGCUGGCCACACUCACCGUCGUGGACCAGGACGUCACCAACGACUUCGCCUACAGGGUGGUGCCCAACAGCGGGAGAGGCUGGCAGAUGUUUACCGUGGAGGGGCGGCGGCGCGGCGGGCCGGGCGGAGACCUCCGCUCAAUCACGUCCCUCGAUUACGAAAAACCUAUUCACCGCAAAGGGUUUCGCUUCAAAGUCGAGGUCACGGACAUGGGAAGAAAUGGAUGGGAUGACAAGUAUCACGUGGACGGCGCUUGGGUUAACCUGAGACUUGUGGAUGAGAAUGACAACGCGCCCACCUACAUCAGUCGGCACGCGCGGCUCACUCUCCCCGAGGACACCCCCAUCGGAACACACCUCACCACGUUCACCGCGCGAGACCUUGACGGGGGAGGGCAAGCAAUCCGGUACCAUGUGGCUCCAGCCAGCGACCCCGGCCGUCUGUUUGACGUGGACGGCAGCGGCGCUGUGCGUCUGGUUGGUGGGCUGGAUCGGGAAGUGGCGGACACUCACAGUGUACUGGUGUGGGCGGUAGACCAAGGUGCGCCACCAAGAACGGCCACAGCUACACUAUCCAUCGAUGUGACAGACGUGAAUGACAACCCGCCGUUCCUGUCUGAGCCUCGCGAGGUGCAGGUGACGGAGAACAGCCAGGCACAGCUGGUGGCGCGGGUCAAGCUGGGUGAUCCCGACGACUGGCGGCAGGGUCACGGGCCGCCCUUCACCAUCUCCCUGGACCCCCGCGCGCCACCUCACGUCACCGACAGCGUCAGAGUCACGCUGGACAGGAGAGGAGACGACGGGCGGGGCGUGGGCGUGGUGUGGACGCGGGCGGCGCUUGACCGAGAGGAGCGUCCCUCCCUGCUGGUGCCCCUGGUGGUGGGCGACGCCGGGUGGCCGUCCCUCACCGCCACCGUCACCCUCACCCUGCACGUGGCCGACGUCAACGACAACCCCAUGGCGCCCGCCGCCAAGACCGUCACCGUGCACACCAUGCAGCGGCAGGGAGCGGCGGUUCCCCUGGGGCGGGUAUACGUGCAGGAUCCGGACGACUGGGACGCCGCAUCCAAGACCUACGCCUGGAGAGAUCCUCAGGCGGGUUUCUUCCUCGACACCUCCAGCGGCCACUUGUCCAUGGCACCCUCCACCCGAGACGGCCGAUAUGAACUGAGUUUCAAGGUCAGUGAUGACAGUCAGGGUCAAUUCGGUGUGAAGGCAAACGUGACUGUGGAGGUGAAAACGAUGAGUUCGGAUGACGUGAAGCACGCGACUCCCAUCACUCUGGCGGUGGACCCAGGCCACCUUGUCAAGGCUGAGAAGGGCGAGGCUUCCUUACUGACCCGGCUAAAAGCUACUGUCAGUGUAUGGGUGGGAACGGAGGUGGAGGCGGCGUGGGUACAGCUCCUCAAGGAGAACCAAGAGCCUUCCAUGGGGAGCGCUGGUUCCCGAGUGUGGCUGGUCACUCCUGGGGUCAUCAACGCUGACCACGCUCUGCUUUACCGCAAGAACGAGCUGAGCAACAUUCUGGGAGUAGAGGUGAAGACUGUCGGAGUGGGCACGUGUCAGGAGCACUUCGUCGAUAAGGUGCACGUUCCCGUGGGUACCGAGAAGCGCUCACCAGCAGAUUCUGAAUGCGAGCAAGGGUGCUGGGCGCGGACCGUCCUCAGUAGCGGAUUCAGCAUUGUUGAUGCUAAUACCUCAGCUGUUGUGGGACCCAGACUAGAGGUGCAAACAGGCUGUGGUUGUGACAACUCAUCGCCUCCACCUGACACCACCUGCACGCCUUACACCUGUCUGAAUGGCGGCAGGUGUGUCCCUACAUCAACAGGCACAAAGUGCAUCUGUCCCCAUGGCACGUGGGGCUCCCGCUGCAAGGUGCUCUCCAGACACUUCAAGGGCGGCGUAGGGCACGGUACCGGUGGCGGCUCCAUGUCCAAGGGUGCAUGGGCGUGGGUGCCGCCAAUUCCGCCUUGCGCUGAGGUGCACGUUAGCCUGGAAGUAUUGAGCACGGUGAAGUCUGCUGCGCUGCUCUACUCUGGGCCAGAGCAAAGAACUGAGCAGGGCCAAGGCAGCCGUGACCUCAUGCUGCUGGAACUGAGUCAUGGGCGGCCAGUACUACUGCUGGACCUGGGCGACGGCCCCGUCACCCUCACCCUUAACUCCUCCGCCUCUCUAGCCGACAACACGUGGCACAGGAUAGACCUCAUCUGGAAGGACGAGCUCAUGGAGAUGAUCGUGGAUCUGUGUCUGGGCAGCAGUUGGGACGAGCCACCAACUCUUGUUUCGGCCAUUCAAAACCGCACAACAGCACCAGUCCUUCCUGACGCCCAUGCAUGCAGGGGAGCGGCGAGGCUGCCGCGGAACGCCCGUGUGCUGAACACCAGCGGGGUGCUUCAGGUGGGCGGGCUGGUGUAUCCUCUCCCGGCCCUCAAAGCGGAAGGGAAAUCGGCGCCGCGCCACCCGCCACACUUCCGAGGCUGCCUCAGGAACCUCAGGAUCAACGGCAAGCUAGUGGACCUGGGAAGCGGAGUCCUGAGCAGCGCCAGCUCUCCGGGGUGUCCUGCCGCAGACUGCCUCGCCAAUCAUCUCCACUGCGGACUCCACGGCAGGUGUCAGGGGUCACCGGGGUCCCUGCGGUGUGAGUGUCAGCCUGGGUGGAGCGGUCCGGGCUGUGCCUCGCCCACCACGCCCGCCACCUUCCUCCCCAACAGCUACGUCAAGCUGGCCCUGUCCUUCUCACCGCUGGCCUACACCACCUCCAUCACCCUCAGGUUCCGCACCCUGAGGAGGAGAGGCGAGCUGGUGGUGCUGUCAUCGCAGCACGGGCGGGACAGCUGGUCGGUAAAGCUGGUGGGCGGCCGCCUGUGUGCGGUGCUGCACCUUCACCCUCGACCUCCAGCCUCGAUAUGCCUUUCAAGGGCAACUCUCACAGAUGGUCGAUGGCACUCACUCACUGCUAACAGGUAUGGAUCGGCCACCUUCCUGUCCGUGGACGACGGGGAUGGUGACUUGUACAAUGCAUCGCUGGUGCUGGAGGGACGGCAGCUGCUGGAGAUGGAUGGCCAGGAGGGAGUGUUGAUUGGAGGCUCACCAGAAUAUGUGGGAGCAACCAUGUUUAAAGUACACAACGACUUCCGAGAAGGUUGCAUCGAUGACCUGCGUAUCUCAGGCCACAGUGCACCGUUGCCACCAGCUGUCAACAGCACACCCUGGGGCCAGGCAAGUGCCUUUAAGGGUGUGCAGCGAGGCUGUGUUGCCCCAUCAGCCUGUGCCAAUGUGUCUUGCAGACCACCGCUCUCCUGUGUGGACACCUGGAGGUCUUACUACUGUGGGUGUGGUGAGGGACGUAUGCUUAGUCGUGGCCGCAUGACAUGUGAAGAUGAGGACGAAUGCACCUGGCAGCCUUGCCUUAGUGGUGGCUCAUGCUUCAACACUCAGCCAGGAUAUGUGUGUUCCUGUCCUGCGGGAUUCAGUGGACAGCACUGCCAGCUGCCUGAUGUGGGCCAGACAUCCCUCAAGCUGCCCAUGGGAGUGCUGGUGACCAUUGUGGUGUGGUGUAUCUUCCUUGUGUUACUGGUGUGUGCAUUCCUGCUCCACCAACAUCACCGCCGUGCUGCGCUGCGCAGGGGCAUGACAGAUGCCAAGGAUGCCACUGUGGACUGUAAGGGUCAUGUGUCAUCACCAUGCAACCACACACCCAACCUUCUUGAACUACAACUGCUGAAACCACCAAAAACCAAUGGCCAGCCUGCCUGGGCCAGAAACCCCAACAUUGCUGAUGUGGAUGUGCUACAGGUGGAUGCAACAUCAGAGACAAGUAGUAUGGAGGAACAGAGGCGGAGUGGCACCCAGGCAGCAGUGGUUCUUGAGAAUGGAGAAAGGAGAGGGAUGACAACCAGAACAGAGAAAUUAAGAGUAGAUUUCAAGGGAGGGGAGGAAGCUGUGCUGACAGGAGACGAUUUGAGGAACUAUGCCUACGAGGGUGAAGGCUCAUCCCCAGGCUCUCUCUCAUCUUGUCUGGAGAGCUGCAGUGGCAGCGCCAAAUUUCUGGGAGGUUUCCGUGAGGUUGCACACAUGCUGGAGUCAUGACACACGGCUGGAUCCCAGGUGGCCUCCACGCCACAUAAAACUCAUCCUGCCCAUCCUCCAGCCACACCACCACUCACAGCCACAGUCGUGCACGCCACUCAUAAUGGAAACUCUGAGGUUGUCAUCUCUUCAUGCAAGUCCCUACUGGAGGCAUCUCAGCCUGAAGGAGUCCAAGAGAACAUGUCUGAAGGCCAGGGACUCAAGACUGUGUCCCAUUCACCGGCCUCCCCAAGCAGUGCCUUCCAUAAAUGAUUACUUUGUCUCCAAACAAAUAUAUAUAUAUAUAUAUAUAUAUAUAUAUAUAUAUAUAUAUAUAUAUAUAUAUAUAUAUAUAUAUAUAUAUAUAUAUAUAUAUAUAUAUAUAUAUGUAUAUAUUUAUGUACAUACAGUUCUUUUUUUUGUGAUGCGUUGCGUGCUGCUUCCUGUGUCCUUCGUCAUGCUGGUAUAAAUGCUCUACCUUGUAAAAAUAUAUUUUAUAAAGCAGUAUUUCUUUGGCAGAGUGAUUUUUACCAUAAUGCACAGUUUUAAUGAGUUCCUGUAUUGUAUUUCCACUAUAUGAACUGUUCGCAAUUGCCAAAUUCUUAAUAAAGUAUUUUCUUAAAAUAAAAUAA